AUGUCCCUAAGACUCGAUAUCAAGCGCUCCGGCUCCCUGACGAACUAUUUCAGCAACGUUGUGCGCUCCCGCUUCAAGUGGUUCUGGCGCUUCAUGGGCAUGUUCCCUUGGAUCAGCGACCUUUCCACCAUCGUUCUGCUGCGGGCGAUGGAAAAAACCAUCCCGAGAAUUCCCGACCAAACGACCCAUCACGACUACAAAACUUAUGACGGUUUGUACGAUGAGUCUCGCACGGUUCACGCCCUGCUCUUGCCGAAGAUGUCCAAGGCCAAGACGUCCAAGCUUCCGGACGUGGACGAGGUGAAGGAGCUGUUCAGGCGCAAGGAAUUCAAGCCCGAGGAUCAUCGCCAAUCCAGCGUAUUUUUCCCCUUCUGGGCGCAGUGGUUCGUUCACCAAUUCUUCAAUUCCUCAACGGAGGUGCCAGGUACCCCGCAGUGGCAGACCGGCUUCAAUCUGAGCCAGCUCUAUGGAUCGUUCAAGCAUGAGCAAGAAAUGCGGACCUUCGAUAAGGGGCGGAUCAAAACCGAAUCGGUGAACGGUGAAGAGUAUCCGAGAACCACGGAAAACCAAUUCAAGGGUUACAAAAUCGCCGGCCAUCAAGCCUUCAUGGGAGACAAGGUUUUUGAUGUUCCGGUUAUGCCCUUCAACGCCCUGCCGGGAAUCAUGGCGAUCCACACCGUGAUGAUCCGCAAUCACAACCGUAACGCGGAACGUCUCGCCACCGCCUAUCCGAGGAUGGACGACGAGGAGAUCUUCCAGAAAGCCAAGCUGAUCAGCAUCGCGCAGGUGAUGAAGGUCACCAUGGAAGACUAUGUAAAUAAACAUAUUCUGGCCUCCAACGUGGAGAUUCGGUUCCGCCCCAAUCUGCUCAAAACCCGUCAUUGGCGCUAUUUCAAACCGGCCAGCUUCAUGCCGUCGAACAGCAUUUCCUCGGAGUUCAACUUCCUCUACCGUUGGCAUCAACUA